GCGUCGUUCCUUUUUCUUUUUCUCUCAUCUCCUUUCUCUACAUCUUCCCCUACUCACCACCAUGGUGUCUAGGAUAUUACGGACUCUAACAGCAGCCCUUGCGCUUUAUGCGACCAAUGUCGCUGCAAAUGUCACCGUCUAUGGCACGGCUACCACGGAUGCAAGCGGAGCGUUGGCCACGACAUGUAUUGGUGCAGUCGCUUGCGACGGACGAGUCCUCACACCUCCUGGUGGUCAGCCGAACUUCAAUCCCAGCAUUCCGGUGCAGCUCUACAGCGGUGGAAUGAGCGGGCUCUCCAUCGGAAUCCCUGGCCAUUUCGGCGGAUUCUCUAUUGAAUUAUCCAUUGCAGAUAAACUUCUCGGAUCCGAUGGCGACCACUUGAACCCCAUCUUCCUCAACUUGAUGUCUACACUCACUUCUAGGGCUGGAAUGCUCUAUUUACGUAUUGGAGGAAAUACGCAAGACAAGGCUACCAUCUUGGCAGACGGCCUGCCAGACGGUAAGACUAUCGAAAAAGCAGAUGACAACGCGAGUACGACCUUUACUCCAAGGCUGCUAGUCUCACCCAAUAUCUUAUAUGCCAUGAACAACAUUUCAUCUCUUCUACCCAUCAAAUGGUUCCUCGGUGUACCAUUCAACGAUACCCAAAACCCUCGGUUGCUGAUGGGAGAGUUAGGCGAGAAAAUUCUUGGCGACAAUCUCUUGGGACUACAACUCGGAAAUGAGCCUGAUUUGUACUUCAACAACCAAAUCCGACCUGCAGACUAUAACCCGACUCAGUACAACUCGGAAUGGGGACAAGUUCUUCAAGCCUAUAUGAGUGACACUAGUAUUUCGAACAACUCGAUGUUUAUUGCUCCGAGUGUUUGUUGUGGUCCCAUGCCCGGCUGGACGCCUGAGAUGGUCUGGGAUACUGGUUUCUUGGAUAACUACAAAGACCAUUUAUCAUGGAUUUCUGUGCAACGCUACCCGACGAAUAACUGCAACUCGUCGGGUACGGUCAUUGACCCGCAGAGCAUACUUGAAUCGACCUUCCUCAACCAUAAUGCUGUCCAAGGCACGAACACGGGAUACAUCAACACCACGAACAUUGCACAAGGAAUUGGGAAGCCCGUCGUCAUGUUUGAGACAAACACUGCAUCCUGUGGUGGUUUCUCGGGUCUCAGUGAUUCGUUUGCUGCUUCGUUGUGGACAGUGGACUAUUCAUUGAACAUGGCGAUGACCAACUUUUCGCAUGCACUCUAUCACGUCGGCGGUCAGAGUGAUUUCUACAACGCUUUCACACCCAUGGCUCCGAACCAGACAAACAUCCGCCAAUGGACAAUCGGAUCAACCUUCUACCCCAUGCUACUCCUCACCGAAGCGUUCGGUUCAUCAGGCGCAGCUCAAGUCGUUGACCUCUUCAUGAACAGUAACAGCCAAUGGACACCUGGCUACGUCAUCUACGAACAUGGCAAUCCAGCGCGUGUCGUAUUGAUGAACUUCCUGACCGAUUCAUCUGGUGCGAGUAACUAUACCGCGUACAUCAGUGUGGGUGGGAAUACCACCAACACACCUGGUGCGACGCCUGCGAGCGUACAAGUGAAGUAUCUGCUUGCAAACUCAGCCUCGGAUAAGUUUGGUAUCACUUGGGCCGGGCAGUCAUUCGGCGGACCCUUCGAGUCUGAUGGCCGCAUGCAAGGUCAAGAGAUGAUUUACACAUAUCAAUGUGAUCAAGCAAACAACGUCUGUGCGAUACCCGUUCCUGCCCCAGGAGCCGCGUUAGUCUUCCUCAACUCGGACGCAUUGAGCGAGUCAGGUCCUAAGACUACGCAGACUUUCGCAACAACUGCAGCAGCUACGGCAGCAGCAAACACAGCAACCGUCGACCAAGCAGUCUUAGCAACUUCCAACGGUCGAGGCGGAGGGAAAUGGGAUUCUAGUGGUUCGACGAGUUUUGGAAGUACGGGUGGAGCGAUGGGUGCAUCUGCUAUGCUUGCUUCUGCGGGUUUAACAGGAGCUAUUGCGCUGUUUGGUGCCGCUGCGUUUGUCGUUGGUUAUGGUGGAUGGCCCUGAGCUGGUUUUAGUGGCACUUUAGCGCGUUUAGAGAGGAGGGGGAGGAGAGAUGGUGUUUGGACUAUGUUGAUGAAUGGGCUUGUAUUGAUGAACUUACAUUGCGUGUGCAUAUGCACAUACUCAUGGAUACUUUUAACUAUUAACAACUAUUAACUACAGAGACAUUUAGACUAACCCAAUGUAUUUAAUAUCUCAUAACAUGCCGCUCUUUUAAUAUACCCUCG